AAAAAUUAUAAAUAUUUCAUUAGGAUAGAAAUAUCAAAGUCAAACUCGAGUAUUAAAGCGCGCAUUUCUGUGGUUGACAAUAAUUGCGGCGAAUCCUGGCAUUUGAGUGUCCUCUCUGUGUAUUCAUUGUUUCUUUGCUCUGCAUCUCAGUUUACACUACAGUUCCCACUGCAACAACCAUUUUCAACAUUUUCCUUUUUUCUUCUCGAGAAAUUAACACCUGCUCUUUCCUAUGUUUUUCCCCUUUCAUUUCCUGCCUAAUUUCUCCCUUUUUCUUUUAAUUUAUUUUCCACUCUCCUUUUAACUGAAGCAAAAGAGAAGAAGCUACUUAUAGUUAAAAAACCACGAAGCUGCACCUUUAUUUUACUUUUUCUAGAAUACCAUUCUCUUUUGUUUCCUUUUAUUUACAAAAAAAAAAAAAAAAAAAAAAACCCUCUUGUUAAUUUAUUCGUCUGCGUUCCUGUUUCUUUUUUUUGCUUCAGUUCAAAUUCCAUUUGCUUUAAAGGGAAAAGAAGAAGAAGAAGAAGAAGAAGAAGAAGAAGUAGGAGCAGCUUGUAAUUAAACUUGUGGUUUAAUUAUACUUGAGAUCAACGACAAUGGCUGGAGAAUUCUGUCUGGCUGCUGCUUCUAAUGCCGUGGGAACAAUGAUGGUAAACUAUCUGGUGAAUCCAAUAAAACAGAGUAUUCGUUACUCAUUUCGUUUCCAUAAGUUUGUUCAAGAGCUCCACGAACAACAGAAGAAUUUAAAAAGAGAACAAACUCGAGUUAAGGAAGACGUUAAGGAGGCUGAAUUGCAGAUUCAAACCCAAGUAAUUGAGGACUAUGUAGAUGAAUGGUUGACAAAUGCAGAAAAUGCCUUGAACGAUGUACAAAGUUUGGUCCAUAGAGUUGAAGAAAAUAAAAGAUGCUUUGGUUUGUGUCCUACUUGGUGUUGGCGAUAUCGAUUAAGCAAGGAGAUUGAGAAGAAGAUAGUGUAUAUCAGUAAACUUGUAGAAGACUCCCAUUUUAAACGAAUCGGCCAUCGUGCGGAGCUUCCUGGCUUAGAAUUCUUCACAUCUGAACAUAUUUUGGCUUCCAAAUCUUCAACUGCUGCAUUCAACAAGAUCAUGGAAGCAUUGAAGGAUGAUAAAGUCAACAUGAUUGGAGUAUGGGGGAUGGGAGGGGUGGGAAAAACCACCUUAGUCAAAGAAGUUGGCAAAAAAACCAAAGAAUUACGAUGUUUCCAUAAAGUUAUUGAAGUUGUUGUCUCCCAAACUUCAAUCAUUGAAAAUAUUCAGUAUAAAAUAGCAGACUUCUUGGACUUAAAGUUUGAGAAGACAACUAAAGAAGGAAAAGCAGAGGAAUUAUGGCUUCGAUUGAAAAAAGAAGAAAAGGUCCUCAUUAUCCUUGAUGAUAUGUGGAAUGAGAUUCAGAUGAAUGAGAUAGGCCUUCCACUAAAUGAAAAUGGGAAUGGAUGUAAAAUCAUUUUGACAACACGUCGCAUGACGGUAUGCGAAUCUAUGGAGUGUCAAGUAAUUGUUCCGGUUGAUGUUUUGGAUAAUGAUGAAGCAUGGACACUAUUUAGAAUGAAAGCUUACCUUGAUGAAAGAGUUUCAAGGGAUAUUAUUGAGACAGCUAAGGAAGUUGCAAAAGAAUGCAAGGGUUUACCUGUAGCGAUUGUAACGCUAGCAAAGGCUUUAAAAGGUACCAAGACUGUUAAAGGAUGGGAAGUAGCUCGCAAAAAGCUUGAAAGAAGUAGAUUAAUGGAAGUCGGUAACAUUGAAGAAGAAGAAGAAAAAAAUGCCUACUUGUGUGUCAAGAUGAGUUACGAAUACUUGAAGAAGGAGACGACCAAGAGAUGCUUCUUAUUAUGUGCUUUAUAUCCAGAGGAUCACUCAAUUGACGUGAAACAUUUAGUGAGAUAUGCUUGGGGUUUGGAGUUAUUUGACAAGGCUGACUCAAUUGAAGAGGUGAGGAUUCAAGUUUUGGAAGCUAUUGAUUACCUCAAAGAUUCUUGCUUGCUGUUAAAAGAUAAAGAUGCUGAAAGGUAUGUUAAGUUACAUGACAUAGUUCGUGAUGUUGCUCUGUGGAUUGCAUCCAAAGAAGAAAGUGACUUUUUAAUAAAAUCUAGAUUAGAAUUACUAAAUGAAAGCUUUGAACCCUGUAAGGCAAUCUCAUUGUUGAAUAGGGAACAUAAAGUAUUUCCUGAGAAAUUGGUGCAUCCAAAUGUUGAGAUCCUGUUGCUUAAUGACUGUGAUAUACAAGGUACAUGUUUUCAAGGGAUGAAAGAAUUGAAAGUUUUAAGUCUUACGUCCUUUUCUUCGUGUGUUAUUUCCUUGUAUGCUCUUACGUUCCUACGAAAACUUCGUGUUCUACAUUUGGCCUUUUUUGAGGACUUAUCAUUCCUUGGAAAGCUAACGACACUUGAGUGUCUUAGUUUGCGUGGUACAAAAUUUGAAGGUUUGGCAGAUGAAUUAGUGAGGUUGGUAAAUCUAAAGAUAUUGGAUCUAACCGGAUGUAGAUUUUCUUCAAGAUUUCCCCCUAAUGUCAUUCGAAGGUUAUCUAAGCUAGAGGAGUUGUACUUAAAAGGUUCAAGCAUCGGAGAGGAAAGUAACGAUAUCCUUCUAGAGAUAAAAUUCCUGACUAGAUUGACAGCAUUAUCCUUGUCGAUAUCUUCUUCCCAUUUUAUAGAAGAUUUCGAGUUUCCAAGGUUAGAAGAAUAUAAUAUAUUCUUACGCAGUACACAGGAUAAACUUGGGUUUCCACAUCCAGAACAGUGGGGAAAAUUCCUCAUAGGAGAAGCACGAAAAAUCAGUUAUGAGAUUCAAGGUCUAGAUUCCGUUGUUAAUCUCACAAAAAGAUCCUUGAAAAUUGAGGGAGUGUUUCCUUACAAUGUGGUUUCCCAAUUACUUGGGAAUUUAGAGUCUCUUCAAGUGUUUGAUAUCAAGGAUGAGUAUAUAGAAGGCUUGACUGAUCAAACACAACAGAUUGUGUCGGUUUCAGUGAUCUUACAAAACCUAAAACAAGUGAGAAUUGAAAAUUGCAUGAAUUUGGAAGUGGUAUUUCAAACGGAGAAGGUAGAAGGAAAUGAAGCACCACCACUGCUCUCAAAUUUAAAGUCUUUACGUCUUAAAAGGUUGAUCGAUUUGAGCUGUAUUUGGGAGUUGCCAACCCAACAUGUAAGACUUGAAAGUUUAGUUAAUUUGAGGAUAGAAGAUUGCCCAAGUCUAAAAUCACUCUUCUCAGUUUCUCUUGCUCAAGGUCUGGUACUCUUGGAAAAACUUAAGAUAAUCGGUUGUGGCGAACUGAAGCAAAUAGUCACAGAAUUGGAAGGUGAUGAGGAAGAAAUAUCCCGAAGCAUUGAUUCUCAUAAUUCUUUGUGCUUCCCAAAGUUAAGAAAAGUCCACAUAGAGAAUUGUGAUGGUUUGGAGUAUAUUUUUCCAACGAAGAUGGCUGCACAAGGGCUUCGGGUGUUGACUCUUUCCAUAAAGAAUUGCUGUCGAUUAAAACAAGUGAUCAGAGUUGCCAAAGGCAUGGUGGAAAAUGACAUUGUGUUCCAACAACUACAGUUUUUGAUAUUUUUAUCGUCCUUUUCAGUGUCAGGUUGCCCUCAAUUAACUGAUUCGGGUAUUCAUUUAGAUGCUGAGGAGGCUUAUCUAGAGGGGGUUCGAUCAUCAGCUUUCAAGGAAUCGUUUAGCAGUUCAAAGCAUCUUCAACUAAGUGAAAUUGAGGAUCAAAAUCUAGUUCCAGAAGCAAACAGAGAGGGACUAAAUAGAUUAACUUCACUUGAACUUAGACAAUGCAAGGAUCUUGAUUGCUUGGUUGAUACCACAACAAUGAAUGAGCUAACUUCUGCAUUCACUCAUUUGGAGAGAUUAAGUAUAAAUUAUAUGGAUGGUUUGGAAAGCUUAUGCAAGGGUCACCCUCCACAAGGUUUCCUCAAAAACUUGAAAGAAUUGCUUAUUAGAGACUGUAAUAAGUUGCAAGUGGUGUUGUCAAUGGAUGAACUCCUUUAUAACACGGAGCCACUUUCAAAGUUACAAUCCUUGGAGCUUGAAAAUUUAGCAGAAUUGAGAUGGUUAUUCAAAGGCUCUCCUCAUUCUUUCAUCUUCCAAAGUCUUAAGGUAGUAAACAUAGGUGGAUGCGGGGUAUUGAAAUCCCUCUUUUCACCUUCCCUUAUUCAAAGCCUAGUGCUUUUAGAAAAACUCAAGAUAAGAAGCUGCCACGAAUUGAAAACUCUUUUGGCAGAGCCGGAAAGUGAUGAUGAAAUAAUGGAAUCAAAGAGUUCUUCCCUUCCUCUGUGUUUGCCGAAACUGAAAACUCUUGACAUCCAUCAUUGUUCAAAACUCGAAUAUGUUGUGCCAAUCACUUUGGCUCAAGGUCUUCCUUCUCUCGAAUCGGUUUCAAUUUCUCAAUGUUAUGAAUUAAAGCAAGUAUUCGGCAUGGCGAAAGAACAGGAUGGAGUUCAACACGACGGUCUCCUGCUCCUUGCUAGUCUACAACAUCUAAAUCUUGAGUGGUUACUAAAGUUGACUAGCUUUGCCCCGCAAAACUAUAUUGUCAAAGCGCCAGCUUUGAAAAGAUUUUAUGUUUAUGAUUGUCCUCAAUUGACGAACUCUCCCAUUCAACAUGUCCACAAGAAGCUCGAGUUGAGGUUAGAGAGUGUUGGAUUAUCCGCAUUCAAGGAAUUGUUUGGCAAUACGAAAAAUCUUCUUGUCCAUAGAAUUUGGGAUGACAAAAUUAUCAUUCCAGAUCUUGUAAAUUUAGAGCAUCAUUCGCAAGCAAUGAUGGGUUUUAAAUACAACGGUGAACCUUCCGAAGGUUGCUUUCCAAAUCUAAAAAGUUUGAGGGUCAAAAAUUGUGUAAACUUGUUGAAAGUAUUUGAAAUCGCGGAGGGCCUUUAUAACCAAGAAGAAAAUCAGGCACCACAGAUCCUCUCAAAAUUGGAGUAUUUGGAGCUAUAUUAUUUACUAGACUUAAGACAGAUAGUAAAAGGUCCCACCCGUUAUGUCAACCUCCAAAGUCUAAAGGUUUUAGACAUAAUAAGGUGCAGCGAACUGAAAUCUCUCUUCCCACUCUCAGUCACUCAAACCCUAAGGUCGUUGGAAGAACUCAAUAUACAUGAAUGUGGUGAACUAGUACAUGUUUUCAUGGAGUUGGAAGAAGAAGAAGAAGAAGAAGAUGAUGAUGAUGACGACGACGACGACGACGACGAUGAUGGAGGAAUAGAAUCGGAUGCACUUUGCUUGCCAAACUUGAAAACUGUGGAGAUAACACAAUGCCCACGUCUAAAAUAUGUCUUCCCACUUGCUUUGGCUCGAGGUUUCCCUCGUCUACAAAAGCUACAACUUGUUGGUUUAAGAAGCUUGAGGGGUUUUGUUGCAAGAAACAAUUGUUUGGAAGCACCAGCUUUGGAAAAUUUAUGUAUCCAUGGCUGUUCAGCAUUAUCGAAUUUCACCUUUCAAAAAGAAGCAAACAACUGUUUUCCAUCAAAGCUUCAAGAGGGAGAUUUCAUCCCAAAUCCAAAGAAAAUGGAGCUUUUUAAUUUGAUUUGGCUGCGAGAUAAUCUUAGAGAACUAUUAGUUCACUACAACAAUAAUUUGACAUACAUCUUUCCAGUGAUGCUCAUUCAACAUUUAUCACAAUUAAGCAUUCUAGAGAUAAAGUCAUGUGAGAAAUUGAAGGGAAUAAUUGGCAAUGAUGACAUUUUGGCAUCAUCAUCACAAGGUACUCGAUUGGAGAUGAAAAUGGUAUUUCCUCAGUUAAAGCAAAUAGUACUUGAAGAUUUGCCAAAGCUUGAGAGCUUCAGCCCUGUGAGUUAUCAUCUGGAAUUCCCAUGUUUGGAUUUGCUUAACAUUAAGCAAUGUUCCAAGAUUAUCACAAGUUUCACUGCAGAUUAUUUAACAUUGACUGUGCAUGCUAAAACUGAUCAGGCAUCCCAACUAGAUGAUGCUAGUCCCUCACAAGAAGUUAUUUUUUGGAAAAGGCGUAGACCUACUUUACUACCUCAGUAUAUAGAAGAAACUGGAGAAAUUUCACCAUUAAAGUGAAAAAUGUUGCAGAAAGCAUACUUGAACUUAAAUAUCACAUCUAUAGCAUGUGUGACCAAGCUACACUAGUUAAUUAACCAGAAUGAAUGAUGGUGAGAAUUCGGUUUCAAUAGAGUUGCAGGAAUCCGCUAAACCAGUUCCACAGUGUAAGGUACUAUGUAAAAUGUGUAUGAACAGAAAGAUAAACUGUAGUGUAAUUCUUUAAUCAAUAUUUCCUUAUCCUUGAACGAACAUAUUGAUGAAGCUUAUAUACUCAUAUGAGAAUAACUGCUCCUAACCAACUAUUUAACAGAUUUGAUAACAGACUAACAACCUUAACAAUCUUUAUACUAUUGUUUAACACACAGCUCCUCAAACUUAUAUCAUCCAACAAAGUGGCUGGCUUUGAUUGCAUCAUAGUGAGUUACCUCUUUUGGUAUAUGGAAUCUCUUUGCCUAGGAUGAUCUAUGUUGGAACUUAGAAAACAGAAUAGGAAAUUUCAACUGAAACUUAAGCUUUAAGCUUUGAUGUCUUGCUAAACAAACAAAGGAAAUAGGCUUAAGUUAUAAGAACAGAAUGCUUUGAAUAAAAACCAAAACAAAAAGAAGAAUUUACUGAAAGAUUCAUCCAUCUAUUUGAAACAAAAAAAAUUACAUAUAUCAAGCAAUCAACUUGUCAAAAAAGAUAAAAAUGUCACCUAAACAUACUUAACUCCACUAACAAAUUCUUGAAACUUAAAAAACUUUUCUUGCACACUUGGUUAAGCUGAUUUAUCAAAUCUAUUAGCACCAAAUUACAUCAAGUAUGUCACUAACUUAGUUCUAAUAUAACUAAGCAACAAAAAAUCAACUAAAAAGUAACAAAAUAGCAACGUAUGAUUCAGCUGUAACUUGCAUGGCUCUAACUGCUUUGGUCUACAUGUAAGCCAUCUUCUAACACUCCUCCUUGGCUUACAUGCUGCAAACUCCUAAUUUGGCUCUCAAAUUCUUGAACCUUGAUACACAGAAAGGCUUUGUCAAGAUAUCAGCUAACUGAUCUUCAGAACUGCAAUGAACUAGUCUAAUUUGUUAAGAUUGUUCCAUUUCCCUAACAAAAUAAAACUUGAUCUUAAAAUACUUUGUUUUCCCAUGAAACACUGGAUUCUUUGCAAUUGCAACAGCAAACUGGUUAUCACAUCUGAUAUUUGUUGCUUCGCUUUGGUGUAAAUUCAUAUCUGCCAUGAUCUUUCUUAACCACAUUGCUUGGUUAACAGCUCCUGCAACUGCUACAUAUUCAGCCUCAGCUGUUGAUUGAGCAACAAUAGUUUGUUUCUUUGAACUCCAGCAAAAAAAAGCUGAACCAAGGGUAAACAGAUAUCCUGAGGUGUUUUUCAUGUCAUCUAUUGAUCUUGCCCAGUCACUGUCAGCAAAACCAAGGAGCUUCAUGUUGUCAACCUUGGUAAACAUCAUCUCAAAGCUCAGAGUCCCUUUAAUGUACCUAAGGACUCUCUUUACAUCUUGAAAAUAGUUCACAUUGCAGCAAUGCAUGAACCUUGAUAGGAGACUGACUGCAAACAUUAUAUCCAAUUUUGUGGCUGUUAAGUAGAGCAAACAUCCAACGAGGCUCCUGUAGGUUGAUUCACUCACUUUCUCGAAAUCACCUUGACUUGUCUGCUUUUCUCCAAUAGCAACAGGAGUGCUAGUUGCUUUACAAUUCUCUAUUGAGAAUCUGUUCAGAAUUUUCAAGGCAAAUGCUUUUUGGCUUAAGAAAAUUCAUUGCUGAGUCUAAAAUACUUCCAUGCCAGGGAAAUAUGACAUUUCACCCAAAUCUGACAUUUCACACAUGCUCUUCAUUUUGCCUUUGAAAUUUGUUAGACAACAUUAUUUUCACAUGUCACCAACAAGUCAUCCACAUACAGGGAGACUAUGAGUAAAGUUUCAUCAUUUUUCUUCUUCACAUACAGUGUUGGCUCACUGAUGCUUCUCUUGAACCCCAAGCUUGCUAAGUAAGAGUCGAUUCUGUCAUACCAGGCCCUUGGUGCCUAUUUUAAGCCAUACAAGGCUUUUCUUAACUUCUACACUUUGUCUUCUUCACUAGUAACUUUAAAACCUUAAGGCUGUUCAACAAAUAUCUCCUCAUCAAGAAAGCCAUUGAGGAAAGUAAAUUUUACAUCAAGUUGAUGUAAUCUCUACUGCUUUUGAGUAGUCAUUGCAACCAAUAGUCUGAUUGUAUCAAGCCUAGCCAUUGGUGCAAAUGUCUCAAAGUAGUCAACCCCAUACUUCUGACUGAAUCCUUUUACUACCAAUCUUGCCUUUAGCUUGUUCAAAGUCCCAUCAGUAUUCUGUUUAGCUCGAAAUACCCAUUUCACCUAUGACUUUUCUAUGGAUUGGUCUUGCAACUAGAUCCCAAGUCUGGUUUUUGUGUAUCAUGCUCAUUUCAUCAAGCAUGGCUUGUUUCCAGCCUUUUUGUGCUUGAGCCUCUUCAAAACUGGUAGGUUCAACAAUUGUUAUAUCAGCCCUCUCAUACACUUUAUUAAGUGAUCUAGUUCCUUUUACUGGCUCACGAUCAAUUUCUAUCUCAGCAUCAUUCUGAUCAACAUCAGUUUGCAAUGCCACUAGGUAUUUAGCAAUACAUUCUGGUUCAAUCUUAUCCCAAUUCCAGGUUGACCUCUUAUCAAAUACAACAUCUUUGUUCACAGAGACUUUGAGAGUUGUAGGAUCCAGAAUUCUAUAGCAUUUCUUGACACUGUUGUAGCCCAUUAAAAUGACAUGCUGAGCUUUCUUUGCCAAUUUGUCCCUCUUGACAGCAGGUAUGUAUGCAUAACAUAUGCAUCCAAAGACUUUUAGGUGAGAAACUAAUGGCUUGAACCCAAACCAGGCCUCAAAUGGUGUUUUUCCAAGCAAUGCUUUAGUUGGCAGCCUGUUUUGAAGAUAGACUAUAGUGUUUACUACCUCAGCCUAAAAACGCCUAGGCAGAUUCCUCUCAAACAUCAAACAUCUGGCCAUAUCGAUCAAGGUACGAUUCUUUCUCUCACUAACACCUGAGGUGUGUAGGUGUUUGUGAGUUGGUGUUAAAUCCCUGAUUCUUCACAAAAGCAUUAAAACAUUGCUGAAGUGUACUCUGUGCCAUUGUUUGACCUUAAUAUCUUGAGCUUGCAACUAGAUUGAGUUUUUGCUGCAGCUUUGAACUUCCAAAACACUGAGGCUACAUUUGACUUGUGCUUUAGGAAGUAAACCUAGCAAAAUAUUGAAUAGUCAUCAAUGAAAAUAAUAAAAUACCUACUACCAUUCAAGGAUUGUAUCUUCAUAGGGCCACAUACAUCAGUAUGGACUAACUGUAACUUUUCGGAGGCUCUCUAAGCCUUGUUUACUAGAAAUGGUAGCCUAGCUUGUUUUCCUAGCUGACACACUUCACAAACAUCUUGUUUUUUAACUGUUUUUGUGAAAUUUUCAACUAAGUCUUCUUUUGACAAUUAAAGUAGAGACCUAUAGUUAACAUGGCCUAAUCUUUUAUGCCACAGUUUGGACUCAUCUAAGGCAAUUGUAUAGGCACUAGCUAAAGUUUUGUUCUAAUCCACAAUGAAGCUUUUGUCAAUCAUGGUUACUGGCAUGAGUUUGGAUCUACUUGGAUCAUUAAUCAGGCAUUCUUUACCUUUGAAUACCACAAAGUAUCAUUUUUCAACUAGUUGAGCAAUACUUAGCAGAUUUCUGUCUAUUUCUGGUACUAACAAAACAUUGGAAAUGAGUUUGGUACCUGAUUAGGUGUCAAUCAACACAUCUCCCUUACCUUCUGCUUUAAUGUAUUAUCCAUUGCCCACUUUCACUUUUGUAUUAAAAGUUCUGUUAAUGCUUUCAAAAAUAGCAGCAUCAGGUGUCAUGUGGUUGGUGCAACCACUGUCAAUCAACUACCCUUUUGUGGUUUUUUUUGGCAGUUGAGCAGGAAAUAACAAAUACUUGUUCUUCCUGAUCAUAAUUUUCUUCUACCACUUAAGCUUCUGUUCUAGGCUGUUGAGGCUGGUUUUACUUCUAUUGGUCUUUGUUUCUACAAACCUUCUCAACAUGGCCUAUAUGUUUACAAACCUUGCACUGCACAUCAGGUCUGUACUAGCAGUUUACUUCAGGAUAGCUAACUCUUCUGUAAUGUGAGCAAGGUCGAUACCUUCCUCUUGCUCCAUCUCUCUUUGAUUUAUUUGACCAAGCUUUCUUCCCUUUGUAGCUAGAGGAGCUCGAGCUUGGUCUACUUUUGGCUUGAAAGGUACAUUCUUGAUUCUCCUUCAUCUGCUAGCUAUUCUUUGUUCCUGAGCAUAGAUAGCAUUGAUCAGCUCAACCAAAGAGAUGCUUGACAGAUCUCUUGAAUCUUCUAAGGAAGAGAUUUUGACUUCAUAUCUCUCAAGUAAAGUUGACAUAAUCUUCUCUACUAUUCUGGCUUCACUGAAUUGGUCUCCAAGCAAUCUAAUACUAUUCACAACAGCUAUAAUCCUAUCUAAAUAUUAAUUAACUCUUUCUGAUUCCUUCGUCUUCAAGUUUUCAAAGUCUCUUCUCAAAUUCAAGAGUUGUUCCUGUCUUUUUUUCAGUUCCUUGAAACUUCUCUUUUUUUGAGCUUGUCCAAGCCUAUUUUGAAGUCUCACAGGCCACAAUCCUUGUGAAAAUCAAGUCUGACACACUGUUUUGAAUGCAAGACAUUGCCUUAUAUCUCUUGGCUCUGUCAUCAGAGUACUGCCUGAUCUGAGCUACCGUAGGGUUAGCUAUCAAGGGUUAUGGUUUAACAUCAGCAUUGACAACCUCCCACAAGUCAAAUGCUUGUAGGUAGGUCUUCAUUUUCACUACCGAAAUGUGGUAGUCUUCGCCAUUGAAUACUAGUGGUGGUGCUAGAGAGAAACUUGAUAAAUACAUUAUUUUUGAGAUUGGAAAAGAGAAAGGUCCUCUAAGAAAUCAGCUCUAAAUACCAAUUGUUGGAACUUAGAAAACAAAAUAGGAAAUUUCAUUUGAAACUUAAGCUUUAAGCUUUGAUGUCUUGCUAAACAAACAAAAGAAAUAGGCUUAAGUUAUAAGAAUAGAAUGCUUUGAAUAAAAACCAAAACAAGAAGAAGAAUUUGCUAAAAGAUUCAUCCAUCUAUUUGAAACAAAAAAAAAAUACUAUAUUCAAGCAAUCAGCUUGUCAAAAAAGAUAAAAAUGUCACCUAAAUAUACCUAACUCCACUAACAAAUUCUUGAAACUUUAAAAACUUUUCUUGCACACUGGGUUAAGCUGAUUUAUCAAAUCUAUCAGCACCAAAUUACAUCAAGUAUGUCAUUAACUUAGUUCUAAUAUAACUAAGCAAUAAAACAUCAACUAAAAUGUAACAAAACAGCAGCAUAUUCUUCAGCUGCAACUUGCAUGGCUCGAACUACUUUGGUCUGCAUGUAAGCCAUCUUCUAACAAUCUAUCUAUCUAUCUUGAUGUACUGCAAAGGUUUGAUUUGUGUAACGCCCCAAAACUCUUAUUUUUGUUAUAGUGAAAAUGUGACACAAGUAUGUAUCGGCAUUUGUGGUUAAGUGCUCUGGAUGAGUCUAGGAGGUUUUGAGUUCAAGCCCUUUAGCAAAUUCUAGUUAUUUUCUAACUUAACCCAUAUUUUUGGCUAGUAGCUUUUUAAUUAAAAGUUUGUAAGUACUUACCAGAAUGAGCUUGCUGGUCUGAAGGUUAAGGGGAGUGUUGGUUGACAGAGGGUCAAGAGUUCAAAUCCUUGCGUGAGUGUAGGGACAAAUAUUUUUUUUAUUUGCUCAUCAGUUGGAGAGUUUGAGAUGUAUUGAAAAUUUGAAUAGUGGGAGUUUGGUAGAGAGAAUUUAGGGGAGUGGAUUUUGGGGUUAUCAUAUUUUCUGACCAUUAUCAACUCCCCACCUUUCUGAUGCCAUCUCUUCUCCCUUUCUUCUUCAAUUUUUGUUUUUCUAUUGUCAAACCCAAAUUUUUUUUCUUUCCAUUAUUCGUUCUGUUUCCGUCUCUUUUGUUGGCUACCACACCUUCGUUUCGUUGGGUCAAUUUUUGUCGCACGUGCUGGUAAGUAGAGUUUUUGCUCUUUUUAACUUACGAUUUUUUUUCCAACUUUGAUUCGGGGGGUUUGUGACGUUUGGCAGUAAUAUCUCGCGUGGAUUAAGGGUCUCAUCGUGCUAUUGCGUAACCAACUAUUUCGAGGUGCUGGGGUAAGCUUUUCAUCGCGUUCUAAAGUGCUCGGAGAUCGUUGUAGCAUCAAUCAACACCAGGUGUGUACCCGAAACACAAGAAUAAGGGAUUCGGUGAAAAGCUGAUAUUACUUGCUGUUUGGACAGUAGUAGUAGGCUAAUUUAAAAAAAUCACCAUAAAUUGUGAGAAUCAAAUUGGAGGGAGAAAAAAAUAUGGGAUUAAAGAUAUUUGAGUCUAGUAUCUCAUAGAAGAAACGAAGUAAGCAAAAUAAUUUCAUAUUAUGAGAUAAUGAAAUUUUAGUGAGAUAGGGUCAGAAUGAUUUUGGAAUCCCUUGUCCCGACUUCCGAAAAUUAUUAAAAAUUAUAUAAAAAUAAUUAUGGGUUAUAUUUUAUAUGUUUAAAAUCCUGAAUUAGUCUAUUUUCAAGAUAUACAAACAAGAAUAUCGUACAAAAUUUUUAUGAGAAGAUAAUUAAUUUUUAGUGUAGAAAGGUCGAAACUGCCAGGCAGUAGUUUAAGAGAAACUUUAAAGAAUAAAUUGUACUUACUGGCUAAACCAAAAAUUCUGAAAAUUUUAUGUAAGAAGAUAUGUGAGUCUAGUUUCAGGAAAAAUUUGCGGACCUUAAUAUAGAAUUUUGUAGCUUAAGAUAAAAAUAAUUUAGUAACAGUGACUCAAGUAGACAACUUAAUGGAUUAUAAGUAAAUAAGUGGAAACACAUAUGAUUAAUUAUCUAGCAUGGGUUACACUAAAAUGGAUCACGAAGCCAAGGCCAAUUUGGGCCAUAUGGUCCGACACGGGCAAAAUUUUUGGGCUUGUAGGCCCAUUUUCACUGUUUGACUGAUAAGGUUGCACGGGUCGCCCAAGUCGACUGUGAACCUACUCUAGGGACGGUAAGUUUACCUAGACCCCUAAUUGACUGAAAUGACUGUAUGACUGAUAUGAUUAAGCCUAAUGAUGUCCCAAUGAUUUGAUACUGUAUGCUCUGUUUACAUGCAUGAUAUUAUGUUACAGCAUGUCAUUUCUGUAUAUUGCAUUAUAUUGGAUUAGGGAAUUAUAAUGUUUGGAGGAAGUGUACUGAAAGGCCUCGAGCCUAAGUUACUGGUAGCUCUGUUGCGAACUACUGUUUAGUGUCGCAUUCGGUACUUUUUUUGGAGUGUAGGGAUGAGUGGGUUGAUUAUAUCCCCACAUGGAGUGUAGGGUUGGACAGAGUUGGAGUGUAGAGGCUGACUGGGUAGGAUUUGAAACUGUAUAUCUGUUACUACAUUGAAUAUUGAUACUGUAAUGGGCCAAGGCUCAAAUUCAUGACUGCUUCUGUAUUGUAAUGGACUAAGGCCCUAUUUGAAACUGAAACUAUACUGAAAUGGGCUUAGGCCCAAAGUGCGAUUACCUUCUGACUGUUUGCUUUAUAUAGGAUUACACACUAAGUUUUCUAAACUCACCAUUUUGAUUUGACUGCACAGGUAAUCCCCAGACAUAGGCAGAUCGGUGCGACGGAGGACUCAGCGGUGGCCACACGACCUAUUUAGUUUGACUUAGUAAUUAAUUAUAAUUUUGAUUUUAUUUUGGGGUAUUUUACUGUAAUAAUGAUCUCUUUGAGUUUUUGUUUUUAAUUUGGGGUUUUUAUUGUUUUGAUUUACAA